UAGGGGUGGGCUGUGAAUUGUGGCACAGACAAAACCCGGCGGCGGUGGCACGUAUAAGGAGGAGCGCGUAGUGAGAGAGGACUGUACCAUGUUGCAGGUUGAAUGAUGCAGCUGUGACAGCCGGCACUCCAUCUCCUCUCAGCCGCGGCACUAUGGGCAGGAGCCAGAGCGCAUGGAGACGGCAUAUGGUGAGAGCUCGGUCAAAGGCUCCGCCACCUGCAACCAAUGGCACCCAGACUGGUGUCCAGCAGCCCCUGCCCACAUGGAUGCGGCUGUAUUUCUAUGGCAUGCACGGCCUGAGCCUGGAUGUGCUGAGCUCCUGCGCCCGUCUCUUCCCUCACAGCCAGGACUACAAGCUGCUGGGCUUCUCCUCGCCGUCCCGCUGCCUGCUGCAUGCCCUCGCCCACUUGGCGCUGGAGAAGAUCUACCUGCAAAGAAAGAGUUUCCCGCAUAACUCGCUGGCUUUCCACUUUGUCUUCUAUCCGUCUGUGGCCGCCGGCCUGCACAUCCUCCUCCGCAAGACUCUGCUCAACGAGAGGCCGCUUAGUGCCCUGGAGCUGGCUCUGCAGUACGGACUCGCAGUCUAUCACUCCCAGGUGUUCCUCCGCCGCUUCCUGCGGCUUUCUUACUGUCCGGCCCGGGAACCGGGACACGACAAGACCGACGGCUUAGUCCCCCCAGUCCAUCACAGGCUGCCGCUUCUUCUGCGCUUCAUCUUCUUUGGAAUGCACGGAUUCCUGGACGAAGUCUUUUUCACAUCCAUAUUCAAUGCCCUGGAGAGAACGGAGAGCACUCUGAGCGGCCACACGUCCCUGUGGUCCUUCUUCAUGUACGGCAGCUGCAGCCUAGUGGUGGACAAGCUCUAUCUGUACCUGAGAUUCGGCCGGGGGUGGGUGGCCUGGAAGCGGCUGCCGGUCUAUAUCUCCUUCGUGUACACCUGGGAGUUCGUGUGGGGACUGGCGCUCCGCUCCUGCAAUGCCUGCUCCUGGGACUACUCCUCUUACCCGCUCAACUUCAUGGGACUGGUGACCCUCAUGUAUUUGCCUGGCUGGGUGUUCCUGAGUUUCUACCAGGAUGUUCUUUCCAGGGUGCUGCUGCGGGUGCGAUAUACAUAAACGCACCGAUCCCCAAAUCUGCCGCCUUGUCCCUUGCAGGCAAUCAUACACGGGGCAAUAGCAUUGCUGAUCCAUCUAGUGCUGUGUGACUGUCAUGUGUGACUGUCAGAAUACCUAUACCAGCUAACUGGCAGCUAACAUAGUGCUGGGGUGUGGGCUGCAGUCCCCAGCUGAUGCUCAACUACUGAAGGAUGCUGGGAGUUGACCUUGGAAGUAGAGGGUCCUACUUUGAGCUCACACAGGUUGUCUCCUGGCUUCCCUCCAUUACUAACACAGAGCCCAAGAACACUGACUGCUGCCCAGCCCAUGCCACUAACUUACUAUGUUACUCACCAAGUACUGUAAGCUGCUGAAGAUAUGGACUGGAAGUCAAUGUAAGCCCUAAACUUUCCAAAUCAGCAUUGCAUUUCUCAAGAGCACAGCACACCUGGUUGCUCACUUAUUUCACCCAAAGAACAACACUAUUAUUAUAUCAGAAAGCUGGUAAAAAGAGCACACACCAAGCCUCCAAAGGGACUUAUGUUAUAUAAUAAUAUAAUAUGGAGUCAAAUCUACUAUUAGACUUUUAGAUGCAAAGGCUACCAUAUGCUGUACCAAUACAUUAAAUGUUUGCAACAGACAAACAACAGAUCUUGAUUUACAUGGCUCCUAUCAUAUGUAAGUGCAUUUGUUAGAUUCAUGCAUGGCUUACAAAAGAAGAAUAAUUAAAAUCUGAUGAUUGAUAAGUAA